UUCUUUAGAGUGACCACCGUAGUAUCGCCACAAACGAUACUGGACGUGUCGUUGCUCUCUCCACCCCACCCACACCACCUCGUCUGGAGCCUUCUAAACUAUGCUAACCUGCCGCAGGAGCGUGCAGACUUCUCCGCUGAGUGACUUCCCCAAGCUUGUGGAUUUAAAGCACCGACCAAAGGAUUUAAAAAAUGUUGGACACCACACGGUGGAAAUAUGUCCUGUGCUCCGCCAUCUUCACUUUCACUGCUGUCAUUGCUCUUGACUCAAGGACAGGUGCAGCGUUCGAAGGGUCCUCCAUGGGACGUCCUGACGAGGGCCCCGGCAGGGGAACCUCUCUCCAGACGCACCCUCGGGUCCUCCGGAUAUCCGAGGCGAAGGUGGCCCCCGUGGGCCGGGGGCCGGCCGGGCCCAGGAGGAAGCGGGACGUCCUGCUGGCCAGUGGGGUCAAGCUUUGUGCCCAGGAGACCUCCGAGCAGGUGGUGGCCAACCACCUGGGGUACUUCCACCUCAGAGUCUGCCAGGAGACUGUAUGGGAGGCUUUCAAGAUCUUCUGGGGCCGUCUUCCCGAGCAGGAAGAGUAUCAAAGUUGGAUGAGCCAAUGCCAGGAUGCAGCUGUUUCGGCGCAGGAUAUUGGCCGAUAUUUCAGCCAAUCAAGAGAGCACCAGGCUUUGGUUAAGAGUCGGAUUUCAUCGCCGGGCUUGAAAAGCUCACCCACGGCCCAGACCUGGGGAGAGGAGGCGCGGGUCACCGCUCAAGCAGGCCCAGCUGGAACUGAGGGUCCCGAAGACAGAGAGCUGGCGCCCGCUGUCCCAGCAGCCACCGGGGGGUUGGUGGAGAAUGAGGAGGAGGAUGAGGAGGAGGAGGAGGAGGAGGUGGUGGAGGAGGAGGAGGUGGUGGAGGAGGAGGCUGUAUUCACAGAUGCCAGCCCGCUGAACAAUGACAUCACUCUGGCGCCGCCCUUGAUGACGUCUGUGCUGGAGCAGGUGGUGGAGCUGAGCAUCUCCCUGAUUGGUCAUAGCUACAGCGAGGACCUGGCGGACCCCGGCAGCCUCCAGUACCAGACCCUUAAGACCCAGUUCACGGAGACGAUGGAGGACGCCCUGGAGCGGCUGCCGGGGUUCCACGGCGUGUCGGUGUUGAACUUCAGGCCUCAAAUGGAUCUUCAAGGGGAGGAGGCGCUGGUGGUGGACUACUCGGUGACGGUGCUGGUGAGUGGGGCGGGCGUAAGCCCCGAGCAGCUGGACUACCUGACCCUGCAGUCCAACCGGGUGGAGAACUCCCAUCACCUGGUGGAGGAGAGGCCCACGCUGGUCUUCACCGUCAGCAAGGUCCGGAUCCACGGAGGUGAAGCGCUGCACAAGACAGACGCCGAGAGUGAGCCUGGAUCUCCGGACCCCCCACCGACCCCAGACCACCCAGAGACCACAGAACCGACAGAGACCCCAAACCCCCCAGAAUCCCCAGAGACCCCACACUCUCCUAUUACCCCAAACCCCCCAGAAACCACAGACCCACCAGAGACCCCUCACCCCCCACAAACCCCUAGUCCUCCACAGAACCCAGACCCCCCACAAACCCCUCACCCCCCACAAACCCCUAGACCUCCACAGACCCCAGAUCCUCCACAAACCCCUCACCCCCCACAAACCCCUAGACCUCCACAGUCUCCCGACCCCACAGAUACCCCUAACCCUCCAGAGGCCCCUGAGACCCUCGAGUCUGACUCCUUUGAUGAACAUCUAGUUGAUGCAGGGACAGCAGAUGUCCCCAUCCUGGUGGAGGAUUCUGCAGAGAACAAGACAGACUUCCUCGAGGAAGUCCCCGAGAUGGAUGCCGUGAUUCUGGAGGAGAGUCAAAAAGAGUCUCCCGAUCCUGGAAAUGCCAUCUCUCCCAUCGAUGAUAGUAUAGCGGAGGAAGGCCUGAUACCUGGAGACCUUUCGCUGAUGACCACUCCAGAGAGCCCACCGCCAGAGACGCUCCCUGCUGAGGUGGCGUCCCCAGAGCGAGCAGAGGUGAUCACUCAUCCCGAGUCGCCAGUGGAAAGCGAAGCCUCUGGCCUGGAACCUGACGAUCCUCCAUCUUCAUCGGAAACAUUUACAACUACAGAGGCGGUGAAGGACUCCUCUGAGACAACAGAUGACGGGCCGAUCGGCAGCCAAGAGGAGAACGCAAUCUCUGAAAACAUUCUUGUAGAGCAAGAAAUCCUGACCGAAGUCCAGGAAGGGGCAGGACAAGAGUCCAUUGCUGAAUCUGAAGGGGAGGACAAAGAGGAAGCCAUCAAUGUGGAGGACGUUCCACAGGAGAUUGAAAUCACCACCGUGGUGACGGAGACCACCCAAGAGGAAGAUCAUGUUGUCUCAGUGGUGGUGGCUACACCGGCGAUGACACAGGAAGAAGAGGAUCUUCCACAACAACCGGAGGAUCUCCCGGCCAUCAACGUCAACCCAGCCCCUCCUGAGGAGCCUGCAAACGGGGAGGUAGAAGAGGAGGGGGAGGAUGUUGUGGUGACAGGGGAGGAAACCGGAGAUGUUAUAGAGCAGGAGAACGAAGAAGAGCCGGUGGAGGUCUUAUCCGAAGACCCGGUGGUGGAAGAAAGGGCAUCGGAUGGCCUCGGUAUCUUCGUGUCAGGUGACCUCACAGAGGAUGAGCUCUUAUUGGUCAACCAGAAGGAGCCAGAGCGGCCAGUCGUCAAUCCUCUCCACCCUGGCCCCCCGACCGCCCUGACACCUGAGAGAGAGUCUCCUUUCACUCGCAUCUCUGACAUCGUAGCGGCCGUAGACGAGCGGUCUGACACGGGAGUGUCCGUCACCACCAUGGGUGUGCAGACCACCGUGGUGGACCUGGCUGACCCUACGGAGGGGGACCCUGGCUAUGACGUUAUUCACUAUGGUUACGGGGCGACCAAUCAAACAGAGGAGGACAGCAGUGGGUUCCCGGCCGGCGCGCCACUAGGCACCGACCAGGUGAGCAUCGCCAUGCCUGUGAUGCCCCAGCGGGCGCUGAUGGUGUUCUUCAGUCUGAGGGUGACCAACAUGAUCUUCUCAGAAGACCUCUUCAACAAGAGCUCUGCAGAGUACAAGGCCUUGGAGCAACGCUUCCUGGAGCUGCUGGUCCCCUACCUGCAGUCCAACCUGAGUAACUUCCAGAACUUGGAGAUCUUGAAUUUCCGCAAUGGGAGCAUUGUGGUGAACAGCAGGAUGAAGUUUGGCAAGCCAGUGCCCCAAACUGUCACCACGGCGGUGUACCUGAUCCUGGAGGACUUCUGCAACACGGCCUACCAGACCAUGAACCUGGCCAUCGACAAGUACUCGCUGGAUGUCGAAUCGGGCGACCAGGCGGACCCCUGUAAGUUCCAGGCGUGUAAUGAGUAUGCAGAGUGUAAGGUGAACAGGUGGACGGGCGAAGCAGAGUGCGUGUGCACGGCUGGCUACUUCAGUGUGGACCUGCUGCCCUGCCAGAGCAUCUGUGAGCUCAGGGCGGACUUCUGCCUCAACGACGGCAAAUGUGACAUCAUCCCUGGCAAAGGGGCAAUCUGCAGGUGUCGCGUCGGGGAGAACUGGUGGUACCGCGGCGAGCAUUGUGAAGAGUACGUAUCGGAGCCGCUGGUGGUUGGCAUAGCGAUAGCCUCGGUGGCGGGCUUCCUGCUGGUGGCCUCCGGGGUGAUCUUCUUCCUGGCCAGGACACUGAGGGAUCAGUACGACAAGGACGAGUCCGAGGACCCCAUACGGCAUGCGGAGAGCCACCCGUCUCUGGAGCGGGCGACCAAGUACAACCCAAUGUACGAGAGCGAGGCCACCACGGGCUACAGCCACUACUACCGCCGCUACCCCGAGGCGCCCGUCUACAGCAGCGCCAGCGCAGAGGCCUCCACCGACUUCAGCAGCGAGGAGAUCCGACACAUUUACGAGAACAGCGAACUCACCAAAGAGGAAAUCCAAGACCGAAUACGCAUAGUUGAGCUGUACGCUAAGGACAGGCAGUUUGCAGACUUCGUCCGGCAUCACCAAGCAAGCGUGGACAUCCGUAGAGAAAGCUCCUCCGCACAAUCGUGAAUAUCUCCAAACCUUUCCCCUAGAAAAAUAAGUGCCUUCUCUUGAUUGGCUGAGCUUUGGUGGAACGUCCUUGAUGUCUGGGGGAGGCAUGCCCGCUUAACAGAUGAGUCCCUCUGAGAAGAUUCUGAUCGUCUCCUUUACGUAGCUCGAAACGCUAACCAUUUGGUAGUUUGGAGAAGACAAUAACAAAGCCAAUAUGGAAAAGUGUAAAUUAUGGAUAAGUAUCUUAGAUGAAUAGUGUUUUGCUGAUUUCUGGCUGCAUACGUGUCCAAUGUUCCUCAAUAAGCAUAAAAUCUCACCAAAUAUAAUUGGGGCAAAAUUGUUGUUCCUCAAUGUAUCACUCUGACAACUGAGUUCGGAGGGAAGACAAAAAUAAGAAGGCUGCUAUUGUUUCUAGUGAAUGGUGCUAUUUAUAUAGACUGAUUGCAAUGUUCCUCUAGCUUACGUAAAGCUUCAGUUUACAUUAGUGAGUAAACUCUAUCUGUCAACUUCAUCGUGGAGUUCACUGGAACAUCAGGUUCCUUUACUGUUCUGCAUUUAGGUGGCCAAACAGAGCCACACUAGGAUUACUGUGUAGGCCUCGCAUCGCUGAUGGAAACUUUCAGUUAGGUGAUCCACGGAGUAGUAUUCCAACCCAUGUACAACGUUGACAGUGAUACCUCUGCCUUCUUUGAGUAAUCCCUUCAUCAACAUCAACUUUUAGAAUCUGUGUUUUCAUUUUUUUAAGUUUGAUGAGACAGACAUGAAGGAACAAGGAACUGAAAAAAAUGAGGCCAGCAUUGAGGGAGGCUCGAUAGCUCUCCAGCUCCAGGACUCCAGAAAUAAGUCAAAACACAUUUAGGACGGAAAAUCUUCUAGGGAAAAGGAGUCUGGGGAUUUGAUCAAGUGGUCUACUUUCAAAUGCAAUAUGUAAUGGGGACUGAAAACAUUGAAAAUGAGGAGAAAGAAGGGGAAAAAGAAAAAAAUCCCAAGUUUGGUAAACAACAUGUGCUUUUUGGAUUGAUGAAGCACAAGCCUGUCUUCUCCCAAAACAAAACUGGUUUCACGAAACAUGGAAAAAAAUAAAAUAAGUGGUUGGCUUGGAGAACCGUCCUGCUCUUCGAGCUAAAAUAAUGAAGACAGUGUUUUCCACGUGUUCCUUGCGCGUCCGGGGGCUCGUGGCGGUUGGCCCCCUACCUGCUGGCCGACCACCACAUCUGCGGCUGAUUACGCUGCACACGGCUGUUUGGUUUGGCAUGCAGGUGUGACCGUCAGACACGUACAGACUUUCUGUUUACAUCGCGGGCUUCAAGAUUUCUGCUCGUUUAGAUUCAAUAGGCCACAGACACAGACCCCUCUCACUCUCUCUCUCAAAUGCUCUCUCUCUCUCUCUCUCUCUCUCUCUCUCUCUCUCGCUCUCGCUCUCGCUCUCGCUCUCGCUCUCAUUCUCUCCUCUUUCUUUUCUCUUUCUGUUCUCUCGCUCUUUCUCUUUCUUUGUCAAAUCUUGCAUGCCUCUGCAUGUGUUUUUGUUAUGAUGUUUUUAUUUAUGUGCGUUCCACACACUGUUUCAUGUUCUUCCUCGUCCACAUGCAGCCCUGGUCCACUGCUCUACAUGAGGUUUAAAACAGGAUCUCUAUCAAUCGCAUCACAGGUCGAUGUCUCCGUCUGAUUACACAUCCAAGGAAAUUAUUGUAUUUUUUCUGUUUUCUACCAUUGUGUAUGAUGUAUAUGUUUCUCACCAACACACAGCUGUGUCGUUGA